AUGGUGGUGCUGCCUGUGCGGCGCAAGGAGUGCCAGGAUGGAAGGUCCGCCGGAGCUCCUUGCUUUGGUGUGGCCUCCAUGCAGGGCUGGCGCGAGGAGAUGGAAGACGCGCAUCUGGCGCUGCCGGACUUUGACCCAGAGCGGGGGCUGAGCCUCUUCGGUGUCUUCGACGGGCACGGAGGGGAGGUGGUGGCGCAGCUUGUCAGUGAGCGCCUGCCGGAGACGCUGCGGGGGCUGCCGGAGUACCGCGCCGGGCGCUUUCAGGAGGCGCUCUUCAAGGCCUUCAUGGCGCAGGAUGACUACCUGCGGAGCCCCGAGGGCCGCAGGAUGUUGGCCAAGCGCAAAGCGAACGCCAUGGGCAUGGGCAGCACCGCUGUCGUGGCGCUGCUGAACGCCUCGAAACGCGAGCUCUUUGUCGCUAACUGCGGGGACUCGCGGGCGGUGCUGGUGAGCGGCAAAGGGGCGGUGGCCAUGUGGGGAGCCUCGGAGGUCUCACGCACCUCACCGUUCAAUUUCACGUGA